GUGGUCCAAAAUAAUCAUCUGAUAAUUCCCUUGGAGCAGAUGUCAGUGCCAUGGCCACUGACUGGCCUCGACGUGGGCUUUGGCCUGCUUCAUUGCUUGGCGAGCGAAGCAUCGACCACCUGUGACUUGCAAAGUUCUUGCCUUGCAAGCCAUGUUGAUUCUGAACAGCAACAUCCUUCUGAACCCCGUGUUCACUCAAUGCAGGGCUUGGCAUUUGAUCGGCUAGAAAUUACAUGCAGCAGCCGAGCAACGAUCGCUGCUGCUCUUGGCCUUUGCAAUGGCAUCUUUGAGAGCGUCGCUGUUCUGUCAGCUGGCUGUCCGAUGCUGGCAACUGUGCACAAGCCCUUGCCCUUCGACCCCAGCGUUUGGAUCAAAGUCAGGAGCUGUGUCACUUCCAGUCCGCUCUGGCCUCACAUAAAGGCUCCACCUCACCCGAGCACGUUCAGCUGGAUCUUGGAAAUUUAUACAGUGAAGACUUUUUCUGCAAGGGAAACGAUGGCAAAGUUGCCUCAAGGCACAUCGCCUCAGCUUGACGUUCCAGUUCGGCAUCUUGAUCUGCCAGGUGCGGGCGGCCCAAAACUUUGGGUGCUCAGCUUGGAGAACUGUGACUAUGAACUGGCUGCAAGAGCCCUGUGCUGGCCCCCUUCGACAAGACUCCAUGUCGGGCAGCCAUUGCUCUAUACGCACUGUGUGCCAAGUGGAAAAAAAA